AUGACCGGGAAGCUCCCCACCGUCAUCAGGCCCAGUGCCAGCGAGAUCAAGAACAGCAAGCUCGACGAGAGGAAUGUCGAGAUUGCUGUUCGAAGUCUCCACCAGGAUGGCCUCGUUGUGGUCGAAGAUGUCAUUCCCCACGAGCACAUUAACCAGCUCAAUACCAAGAUGACCGAGGACGCGCUGGCCUUGCAGGCUCGCGGGACGGAUGGACCGUACAACUACAACCUCGGAAACCUGCAGCAGGAUCCGCCUCCGUGGGCGGAAUACUUUUACCCGUCCAUAUUUGCUAACAAAAUCGGCACGCAAAUCACGUCCAGCGUCCUCGGCCCAAGGCCCAAAUGGACUUUCUGCUCAGCCAACUCGGCGAUGCCUCCGCUCUCAGGAUCGUCACAGCAGCCCCAGCGUCAACCGGUCCAUUCGGACGCCGACUUUGCCCACCCGAGCCACCCCUUCGCCCUCGUCGUCAACAUCCCACUUGUCGACAUGACUCCCGAGAACGGUUCCACGGAGCUCUGGCUUGGCACGCACACCACCCACGGCCGGGACACGCAGGAAGGCGCGCACGGAGACCGCGCGAGCGGGCGGAUCCGGCAGCAGGUCAUGGACCAGUGGAAGGCCGACGCCCAGAACCCGUUCCGCGGCGGCGAGUGUCAGCCCCCGGUGAAGAAAGGGAGCAUUGUCAUCCGGGACCUGCGGCUGUGGCACGCGGGCAUGCCGAACCUCAGCUCCACGGGCCAGGUGCGCGUCAUGCUCGCGAUGAUUCACUUUGCCAGCUGGUACCGCAACCCGAUGAGGCUGGAGUUUGCCGAGGACAUCCGGCCCGUGCUCGAGGAGCUGGACGCUCGCGGGGAGCUGGGGCUCGAGGUCCCGGUGGACUGGGUUUCAGUGGACAAGGCCAGGAAGGGCUAUCUUGAUCGAGGGUUUGGGAAUAGCUAUGACUUUGAUCAGGCGGCCCGAUAG